CUUCCGCCAUCCACUUCCCCUCGCCUUUUCUUUUCAUUUCUUCCACAAAUCUCCCAUUUUUCUUCUUCCCCCUAAGACGCUUCGCCCCAUAACCCAUCUAACAAUGGUAGCGUCAAAAUUCUGUUUUGCUUUGUCUCUUGCUAUUCUUUCAAUCUGGGCCGUUGAUGCUGCCCAACACCAUGCUCUGGCGCCCUCUCCUUCUUCCCCCGUGGACUGCUCCUCUCUGAUUCUCAACAUGGCGGAUUGUUUGUCCUUUGUGUCGAGCGGGAGCAAGACGUCGAAGCCUGAAGGAACCUGUUGUUCUGGCUUGAAAACUGUGUUGAAAGCUGGACCCCAAUGCUUGUGUGAGGCUUUUAAGAGCAGUGCUUCUCUGGGUGUCACUUUGAAUGUCACCAAGGCCAUGACUUUGCCCGCUGCUUGCAAAGUCUCUGCUCCUUCUGCCACUCGGUGUGCAUUGUCUCUCAGUCCUACUGGUGCACCAGGUAUGGCACCGUCAGCAAUAGCAGGUGCGCCGGCAGCAUUCUCAGGAGGAGCAAAUGAGGCAGCACCGGCACCAUCUCCCGGCAGCUCAGGCUCUCAAGUUGUUUCUGCUUCAAUGGGAUCUCUUAUCUUAGGCUUCAUAAUUAUGUUAACCUCUAUGUACUAAGCUAUCCUCUCGUGUUGAUUUACUUCCCCUUUUGUAUUGAUGAUGAGGGUGGAGUAGGUGGCAUUGAUUUUGUGAGCUUUGGACCAUCCUUGUGAGCAUAUUAGAUUAUAUAUUAGUCUGAUAUUUGGAACUCGUAUUCUAUACUAAUAUCCCAUAAUGUUUGUCAAA